UUUAUACAUGGCCUAUGAUAUGGACUUAAGAGAAGAUGAUGCCAUGAAACUUGCUUCAUUAGGAAAUGACGGUGGCAGCAGAGAAGGAAAUUAUCUUCUGAUAAAAUCUUUGGACACUCAUAAAAAGAGUUACAAGGAACUGUUGGCCAAGUGCAAUGAUUUAGGAAGACGAGAGGCUCGGUGCUGUGAAGAACUUGAGAAUGCUAAUAAAAAGAUUAAGAAGCUGAAGCCUGAAACUGUGGGUCCAAGAACUUGCAACUGCUGUUUAAAUGAAAGAGAAUGAUGCUCUGAGAGUGCUAAAAGAUCAAAAUAUUAAACUGAAGAGGAA